GCAAGCUGGACCAACGGCCCACUCUCCACACCUACCACCAUCUCUCGUACAUAAAAUGCGGCGGACAUACCGGAUGCACCGUUGAUAGCUUUGACUAUCUUCUUAUGGUGUAUUAGUACCCCAGCUUGAUUUCUCCUUCCGCAACAACCCAGUGCCACGUGUUGGAGCUCCCCCAAGCCCGCCCGGCAGGCACCAUGGUUGCUCCACGUCGAGGCGUCUUCACGGAGGAGGCCGCCGAGGUGGAGGUGCUGUCCGCCAAUAUGGACAAGAUGAAGAGCUUGACCAAGAAAAUCCAGGGCUCGCUGAACAGGCUGGAAACGAGCGGCAAGACGGUGCAGGACGCCAUUGGACCCAUCUACGGCAAUACGCAGAAACUCCAGGUCGCAAAUUCGAAUAUCGAUAGGAUUAUGGAUGCUAUUGAGCGGAUUCGGGCGCCUCUGGAUCAGACUAACCGCGAAGAGCGCAUCAUUCGAGCUGGCCCUAAGAAGGUCGAUCUCCGCGACUACAUAGCCUCCCUCGACCGCACCACUUCCGCCCUCAAAGAUCUCAAGCGUUCCAAUCUGCGAUCCAACCAGCAAGCCGUCAGCGAACUGGGUGCACUGCUUAAGCUUGGAACGAAGCAGCUAGAGGAUGUGUUUCGGGAAAUACUCCGGGAGGGAGCUAGACAGACGGUCGAGCCUCUGGAAUACGUUGCGAAGAAUAAUCCUUUCCCUCUUAUCGCACAGGACAAACUAUCAACACUACGCGUCAUCAACACACAUGUCGCGAAUUCCUUCGCACAGAUAUCCCAAACGGACGUCCGCGAAACUCCCACCCAAAAGUCCUACGCCGAGAUUCGAGGAGACUAUCUCCGGAAUUCGUUGAGCAACCUCGCGGCCGCGACGGUUAAUACCGCCAGAAAGAUCACUGCGGAUGCGAUUUACAAGCCAGGGACAAAUGGCAUUGCGACAUAUGCUCAAGGCAUGGAAGGGCUGUUCCUGGCAGAGUAUGAGAAUAUCUGUCCCAUCUUUGCACGAGACGAGUGGGGCCCUGUCUGUACGGCUACCUGCCAGAGCGCGCUGGGCGAGUUCAACAAGACAUUGCGAGAGCUGAACGGUCAUAUCCAGAGGAAUCUGAUGACCGACUGCUUCCUAGGAUAUGAGAUCAUAGGCAUCGUUUCGAAUUUGUCGAUCACGCUAGAAACGAAGACUGGCGAGCUCAAACGCCCCAUAUCUGAUACUCUGAAACCGAUCCGAGAAACUUCGAAAGCUUCGCUUGGGAAGCUGCUGGAGGACACGAGGACUCGGAUACAGACCCUGGUCGCAUUGCCAAUGGAUGGGGCAGCGGUGCCGACCACAACAGAUGUCAUGGUUCGGUUGCAGACUAUGACGAACUACCUUCCUCCGCUAUCCUCGGUCAUGACUUCUCUCGGCGAUGGUGGGUGGUCUGCGGGCUCUACCAACUCGUCUUCUACAUCGCUGCCUACACUGAAGUCCUUCGAUGUCGGAGCAGACGGAAAGCAACUCUUUGCGCACUACGCCUCUGACACGAUCGAUACCCUACUUUCGAAUCUAGAAAACAAAGCGCGAACCCUGCUGAAGGGAAAGAGCCUGCACGGCGUGUUCAUUGCGAACAAUGUCGCCAUCAUUGACAGGAUGAUUCGACAAUCCGAACUGCAGCCGCUCAUGGGCAGCUACUCUAGCAAGCUCGAUAGCUGGCGGAAGAAGGGAACUGCCAUGUACCUGGAGGCAUGGCGCGAGCCCUCUGCACAUCUCCUCGACGUCCAAUACACUAACCGUAGCGGACGACCACAUUCGGGCGGUGCGGGCUCGGCCGACUCAGCCGUCAUCGUUAAAGGCCUUAGCUCCAAGGACAAAGACGCCAUCAAAGAGAAGUUCAAAAACUUCAACGCGAGCUUCGAGGAACUCGUGUCGCGCCACAAAUCUUACAAAAUGGAGCGUGAGGUUCGCCAACAGCUGGCGCGAGAAGUGCAGACCAUCAUCGAGCCCUUGUACGGCCGAUUCUGGGACCGCUACCACGAGAUUGACAAAGGGAAGGGGAAAUAUGUCAAGUUUGACAAGAGCCAAUUGGGAGCGGCGCUGGCGAGCCUGGCAUAAUCUGGUGCAUGUGGUGUUGAAGUCUUGUUGCAAAAUACCCUUUUGGCUUAUUCCACUUCAGGCGCGAUUGGGACGGUUCAUGGGGAAUAUGCGGUGUGAUUGGAUAAGACCGGUAUCAGGUGCAUGCCUAGUGCAAACACACCUAUCUUUUUUAUGGGUGCUUGGCGUCGGUGUUCGUGCGGUGUUGAUGGCGGGUCCUGUGGUGCCACGACGCAGCAGAAGCAGUCACGGAUAUAGUGACCGAUAUAGCGAACGAUAUAGCGGUGAUGGUGGUGGUGGUUGUGGUGGUGGAGGAGGUAGUAAUUGUAAUUGAG